GCCAUGUCAACAAAAGCAUCAAAGCCAAAUCUCAGCCAUUCCCAGGUUACUGAGAUUAUCAAGCGACUCUAUGGCUGGACCGUGUCCGUCAUUCGCCCGUUGCCCAGUUAUGAUGAUCAGAACUUUUACGUGGCCCCCAGUGAGGGUGGAGAAUAUGUGCUGAAGGUUAUGAACUCUGCAGACAGUCACAACAUCACGCUUAUUGAGCUGCAGACUCACGCCAUGAACUUCUUACACCAAAGAGGCCUUCCUGCCCAGACCGCUUUGCCCACUCUGACUGGCAAACUCAUGAGCCUGGAAGAAUUUGAUUGUGGUUUUGGCCUGCAGACAUAUUUAGUGCAUUUACUUACCUACCUUCCUGGCACUACCGUAGCCAAAAUUACCUGCAGUCCUCAGAUCUUGUAUGAUGUUGGGAAAAUGGCCGCCACAUUGGAUACAGUUUUACUGCAAAUGGAGCAUCCAAACAUCAACGUCCUUCAGAGAGAAGAUUUUAUAUGGAAUCUCGCCAGCGUUCCUCUCUUAAACCAGUAUAUUCAUGUGAUGGAUGGGGAUCCUGUACAAAAGGUUGUUAAAGCCGUUCUGGAGCAGUACCAGAUCCAAGUCGUGCCAAAACUACCAUUGUUUCGCAAGUGCAUUAACCAUGGAGACUUUAAUGACCACAAUCUCUUGGUGAAUCCCGAUGGACCUACAAAGUACAAGAUCUCUGGGAUCCUUGAUUUUGGAGACAUGAGCUGUGGGUAUUUCGUCUUUGAGCUGGCCAUCACCAUCAUGUACAUGAUGAUUGAGAAUCCCAAUCCGGUAGACGUCGGAGGGCCAGUGGUGGCGGGGUGGGAAAGCGUUUUUCCUCUCAAUGAGGCAGAAAGAGACUCGCUCUAUUUGCUGGUUCUCUGUCGGUUCUGCCAGUCCCUGGUUCUGGCCCGACACGCAGUGAUCCAGCAGCCAGAGAAUGAGGAGUACUUGAUGAUCACCGCCAGGACAGGGGUGCGCCAUCUCUGUCGUCUUUGGGAGCUGGGUAAAGAGGAAGUGGAAAGAAUAUGGUUCCAGAGUGCUGCACAGUUUGGCCAACCUUGA